UCAUAUGUUCAAGUUCAGGAGAAAGUGGGUAACAGAAACUACAUUUUGGAUUAAACUAUUCAAAUCAAGAAAGAGAAAAAUGAGGGCAAGAAAGGAAAAGGAAAUAAAAGGAAUACAGAAGAAAGGGAGAAGAGAGUCAAGAAGAAAGCAGACAAGAGGAUACACGAAGUGGCUAUGGGAGAAAGAAAAGCCCAAACCAGAUCAAGUCAUAAUGGGAGCAUUUUUAGACAAGCCAAAGAUGGAGAAGCAUAAUGCCCAGGGGCAGGGGAAUGGGUUACGAUAUGGCCUAAGCAGCAUGCAAGGUUGGCGAGUCGAAAUGGAGGACGCACACACAGCUGUGAUCGGUUUGCCAAGUGGACUUGAGACAUGGUCAUUCUUUGCUGUAUAUGAUGGGCAUGCUGGUUCUCAGGUUGCCAAAUACUGCUGUGAGCACUUGUUAGAUCACAUCACCAAUAACCAGGAUUUCAGAGGGUCUGCAGGAGCACCUUCUGUGGAGAACGUAAAGAAUGGAAUCCGAACAGGGUUUCUGGAGAUUGAUGAACACAUGAGAGUUAUGUCAGAGAAGAAACAUGGUGCAGAUAGAAGCGGGUCAACAGCUGUGGGUGUCUUAAUCUCUCCCCAACAUACUUAUUUCAUUAACUGUGGAGACUCGAGGGGUUUACUUUGUAGGAAUAGAAAAGUUCACUUCUUCACACAAGACCAUAAACCAAGUAACCCGCUGGAAAAAGAACGAAUUCAGAAUGCAGGGGGCUCAGUGAUGAUUCAGCGUGUCAAUGGCUCUCUGGCUGUAUCGAGGGCCCUUGGGGAUUUCGAUUACAAAUGUGUCCAUGGAAAAGGUCCCACAGAGCAGCUUGUCUCCCCAGAGCCCGAAGUCCAUGAUAUUGAAAGGUCUGAAGAAGAUGACCAGUUCAUCAUCCUUGCAUGCGAUGGCAUCUGGGACGUCAUGGGGAACGAAGAGCUCUGUGACUUUGUGAGAUCCAGACUUGAAGUCACUGAUGACCUUGAGAAAGUUUGCAAUGAAGUAGUCGACACCUGCUUGUAUAAGGUAGCCAGAUGUUCUUCUUCAGUCAACUUUGUGCCGUUAGUUACUAUUCCGCUUCAAUCUUCUUGGAGCCUGGAGAUCGCAAAAACAAUUUUUGCGGAGCUGGACAAGUACCUGGAGAGCAGAGUAGAAGAAAUCAUAAAGAAGCAGGUGGAAGGCGUCCCUGACUUAGUCCACGUGAUGCGCACGUUAGCCAGUGAGAACAUCCCCAGCCUCCCACCAGGGGGUGAAUUGGCAAGCAAGCGGAAUGUAAUUGAAGCCGUUUACAAUAGACUGAACCCUUACAAAAAUGACGACACUGAUUCUGCAUCAACCGAUGAUAUGUGGUAAAGCUGCUCACCCAGCCGUGGACUCACCUUCGCCUGCAAAGGGGAAGCCAGCUCAUCCUUGCCGAGCCUUUACCAUCCAUCAUCGACUUCACAGGAGGGUCUGACAUGGGUGAGGACUGCGGCCUCAGCGACGGAACAGCUAGCCCAGAAUGGAUUUUCUUUUUUUAUUGUAAAUUUGAGACUUAUGUAAGCGUGAUUUCAAACCGUAAUUCAUGUUGUAAAUCAGACUCCAGCAAUUUUUGUUGUAUGAUUUUGGUUUUUGUAAAGUGUAAUUGUCCUUGUACAAAGUGCUCAUAUUUAAUUAUGAACUGCUUUAAAAUCACUAUCAGUGAAUGAUAACGGAAAUUUGGCUUGUGUGACACAACAGACAUAGUCAUGCUGUGUGUGGACUCGGUUGGGAUAGGGAAAGCGGCAGCCACAUAGCCGCAUGCUCACGUGCACGUGACUAGGAAGAAUUCCAAAAGCUCACACAGCUGUCACCCAGGCUCAUGGAAACUCUCUGUUCUGGCGAGGACUGGCUCACUGAUACAGCCACCCCGCUCACCUCUCUAGGAUGUCCUCUCCUCGUAGCCAAGAGUAUUGCAGCUGAUCCUGUAUAUUCAUGAGAGUAUCUAUCAAUUUUGGGCUAACAUGCCUUGAUUCUCUUGCACCUCUUUAUGAGUUCUUACAUUUAAUUACUAAUUGGUAAGCAGUAGCUUCCUACACAGUAGGAGACUGCCACAUUUUUUUCCUAUCAUGACUGGCUGGGCCUGCUGCUGUUCCUAGUAAGAUAUUCCGAAUUCCAUUUUAUCAAUAAAGCUUGGUUUAACAAACAAGACAUGUAAUCAUGUAUGCGUGAUUCCUCGGUCACCCCGGCUUUCAGACCCCACUCGGGGAGAGAAAGAUGUCAUGUUUCCUUAAACUGGAUGAUGGUGUUAGCAUCCAGGUGCAGGUGGAUCGGAAGAUUGACGUCUGCCGUCUCCUAAUCUGUUUUAAUUGUGUUUCUUCCAGGCUGCUUACUUCUCAUUAAGAUGUGUGUCAGCUUGAAUUUACUGUUAAUUAAAGUAAUUGUCAAAGUUUGACAACCCUAACACUAUGAUAGAUGUGUGUGUGUUGAAUGUGUGUUUGCCUGUAACUUUUAAUUGACCCACGUCUUUAGAAUCUAAGAGGUUAAGAUACAUUUGUGAUUUGAAAUAAAGCAUGUUGAUAAUAUUUAGCUGUUGGCCUUUAAAAAUACAUUUCACAGCUUAAGGAAUUGUAGAUAUAAAACCUGAUUUAAUUUAGGCUUAACGCCCUCUGACUAAGCAUGUGUUCCCGUCUGUCACAUUAUAGAGACUACCACUGUUCUGUACCUUCCGUGUCUCCGUCCCCUUAGGUGGUGUGCUGUAUUAUCACCAUGUGAUCGAUCCCAAUAGGAAACGAUCAAAGUACAUCAAAUACAAAGUCACAACUUUAUGUGUAAAAGUUAGCAUAAGACAUUUUGUUCUAUUUGUUUCUUUUCCCCAAAACUUGGAAAUAAACAUGUUUAUAAUAUACAGCCUUAAAGACAGUGUAAAGUUGAGGACGUAUAGGAAAACACUGAAGUGUCGCAGACUCCAGUAGCUACAGUACCAGCUGGCUCCUCAGUAUCCCUCUUACUUGUGAGGUGAAUAAAUGUAACUUAAUUGUAUUUAAUUGAUACACUAGUCCAGCAUGAAUGAAGAAAAUCUGAAGUACUCUUUAUAUUUGGAAAUUCAUAGCAGCCAGAAUACAGAACCAAUCCCAAACUUACAAUAAAUGCUUGAUGUCUAAACCUGUGGUAGAGUUGGGAGUAUGGUAAUAUUCUAAGCUGUGGCUUUGCAGAGCCGUAAACGUGCGUUGUAUAAAAGCCUGUGCUUCUGGUACAGACUGGCUGCUUGGCUGACAGCCAAAGCUGAGAUCCUAACAGGCCUUCAUUCUACUGGGAAACCUUCAGUUUUUGAGAUUGAAGCUUUCAUGAUGAAAGCUGUAUAUCACACUAUAGCAGCUUGGUUAGAGCCUUGAUAUCAGAUAGUCAACAACAGCAAAAAGGAAGUUAGAAUAUUCCUCUGGUGUCAUUGACACCAAAGAUUGGAGUAAGGACCAUGUGCCCUGAUGUGACUAGAUCUUUCCACGGGAGUUGGCACCAUACAGUUUGCAUCAUAGAACUACAGGAAGGAGGUGCGCAUCAUAAAAGCAGGUAUGCUGGAGAGAUGCCAUCCUCUUUCCUAAUAAUUAUCAUCUCAGGACACACAUGCCUCAAAUAUUUUGGAAGUGUGGCUUUGUUUGGGGUUUCGCUUUUUUUUUUUUUGGAGGGAAAAAGACGUUCUCGUGUGGUCAGGUGACAUUCAGAGUGUGCUUUAAUGUCAGUGAGAAAUUCAGCUCUGCAUAGCAGGCUUUUGCUAACUUACCUCUUGAAAGUUUUGUGUCUCUUACCGUUUGAAGCAGUAGUAAAAAUAAUCUGGGCAGAGGCAGGUGGAUCUGUUGAGUUGGAUGCCAGCCAGGGCCCCAGAGAUCCUGUCUCAUCUCAUCUUCACUUCAGAGCACUUCUCAGACAUCAUUAGUUACUGUGCAUUCACUUGACCCUAGGCAGUUAUGUGCCUGUCCCUGCUGAACUUCUUAGGCCAUGUAGUAGUAGGAGCUGAGGUGGGGCAGCCAGGUGUGGGGGCUGUGCCUGUGGUCCUAGCACCUGAGAGGCUGAAGCAGGAGGAUCAUGGGUUUAAGAAUAAACUGGGCCACAAAGUGACACCCUGUUUGGAAGGAAUUUUUUUUUUUUAAAGAAAUUGACAAUGAGUUAUGUUGAUACAAAUUGUUUGAAUUAGCAGUGCUACUUAAAAUGACGAUAAGCUUGAGCAGGUAAACCAGCCAAGCUCAGCUUUCCACAAUGUAAAGUGUUCCCAAAACACUGUUCUAGGUUAAGCGCCACCCCUGCCCUCCCUGCCCCCACCCACACCCCCCCGGACUAUAAAGAGAGAAUGUCGGUCCUUGUUCUCAGGGAGUCCACCUUUGAGCAGAAUUUAGAAUCUACUGUAUUAUAAGUGGAGCAUUCGUAUAAAUGAAGAAAACUAUGGUGCCCACCUCCACCUCGCCCAGCACUUUCUUCAGCGAAGUAGGUCACCACCCAGAAGACUUAGUUGGUAUUCUCUUUAUUUCGCAGAAUUAUUUAGUUGCUUCUCCCCAAAAGUUGAAUACCAUUCAAUAGAAAAUCACACCCAGCAGAAGAAUAAAGUGGACUGCUGAGGUCUCUUAGUGUCUAUUCAGAGGACUCAGUUAUCUGUAAUAAAUGACUCUUCCAACAGCAGCAAGUCACAAGUAAUGGAUGUCCUAGGUUCCUUGGCAUCCAGGAGGGACCUAGCGCAGGGCCUCCUGUAGGUUCGCCUUACUUGGGUGGUCUUCACAGCACAGCAUCAGUGUUCAUAGGAAACCAUCGACUCUUCAGUGUGCUAGUAUUUACAGUGGGCCAUGCUGCCCUCCUUUCUGAACAAAUUACUGGAGAAUUUAACAAGUAGAUUCCAAAGAUGCUCAUGUUUUGCUUUAACUUUUAAUUUCAGACCUCUAGUUCAGAUUUUACUGAUUUUACAAUAUAGAAUUUGGUAUUUGAAGAGUUGUAAAUAUUUUAGCAUAUACAUGUUUCUCAUGGAGAUUUUUCUUUGGAGGGACCUUCAAGGAUAUUAUAUAUUCUCACUGAUAUAUUCUAAUAAUGAAAUGACCAUUUUACAUUUACUAGUCUUCUAACUAGUUUUAGGCAUUUGAACGUCUUUAAUUUUAGAAGCCUGGUUUUUACAUUAUAUCCUACAAUAAUGUGCUGUGUGUUUUGGUUUGCAGUUCUUUUAAAUUAUAUAGUAUUUCAGAAUACCCUUAAAAUAUUUAAGAACCUGUUUUCUAAAUGUAUAAUACUUUAUUGUUGUGUUGGUCAGUUGCUCAGCUAAAUGGUAUUAUUAGAAUGCUCUGCAGUCGAUGAACAUUGGCUCUGCCAUAUUGUCAAAUGAGCAUCUUCCAUUUAGGGUCAAUUCCACACGUCUCCUCCCUUUUCUUGUCUCUCUAUUCUGUUACUGACUUCUGCUUUCUUCCUAUCCAGUUAACCAGCAGGGUGGAGUAUCAGAAAAACUCAGAUUUUCGGUACCGCACAGCAGACUUUUGCUAACUUACCAUUAAAAAAUCUUAUGUCCCUUAACAGGUGACUGUAAAAAAAAAAAAAAAAAAAAA